UUCUGCUUUGUUGAAUAUGAACUACUGCUUUGUUGAAUAUGAACUACGGUGGUCCUGUCUCAAUCUCUGCCUAUGGAGACACUAAUCUGAUCCCUCACCCUGUUCAGCAAGCAUUGUCUUCAACUGGUGUUGGUCUUCAUCACGUCCCUGCAGGAGUUAAAGAUGCGAGUGAUAAGAAGAUACUAGUAGAUAUGUUAUUGUGGGCUGUAGACAACCCUGCACCAGCCAACUUCAUGCUCAUCUCCGUUGAUAGAGACUUCUCCAAUGCUCUUCACCAGCUGAGCAUGAGGAGGUACACUAUUCUCCUAGCUCAGCCUCCACGUGCCUCUGCUCCACUUGUUGCUGCUGCUAAAAAUGUAUGGCCUAGCAUCUGGUGGUCCUCUUACUAGUAGUGAAUCCUCUAGAUUUGUUAACAAUGGACAUGGUCUUGCUUCUAAUAAUGAACCGUUGAAAGAUCCAGUUUCUGAUCAAGCUCAGUCCAGCAAACCAACUGUCUCAAACUUUGUUCUGGAGAUAAUUCUGCAGAUCCUUCAUUAUUGGCUGAGGUGUAUGUGGAUAUUUUUGCUUCAAUACUCCUAAUCACAGGAGGAGGACUAUGCUUCUAUGGUGAGUGAUUGCUUCAUUUCUUUUUUUUGUUCGAGAGUUGUUGAACGUUUUUAUUGCUGUGAUUUUACCUAUCUUGCCAUAAUGAUCUAGUAAGCAGAAGUUUACAAACAAAGAGGUGUGGUUAACUAAGGAUUCCAUAAUAGAAACACCAUUGGAGAUAUAUUUUCUAUUAGGGUCCUUAACUAUUCCCUAAAAAAUAAAAAAUAUUAAUUUAAUCCUAAGGACUCCAAUGGUGAGUAACACCAUUGGAGGUGCUCUAAGCACUUAUUCUAGUGUUACUUUCAUGUUUCUUUUUUUUUUCUUUUUAUGCCAAGACUUUUCAAGUUUCUAAGUCAAGAUUAUAUAGACUUACGUGUGUAUUUU